AUGGAAAGGAAUCAGAAGAAAUGGGAACCGAAUUUUACUGCUAAUGAAAUGAUUCAUUUAUUUAAAGUAAAAGUGCGCGGUUAUGCGAAAAUAUUAGAGGACAAGAAGGCCGACACAGCUGCUAAAUCUAAAGCAAUGCUUGGAACCAAAUUGAAAAAGAAUUUAACUCCUCUUCUCCCUCUACUGCAUACAGAAAAGCCGAGUCAUUGA